ACCCAGCAGUAUUUGUCUAUAUUUUCUUUUCUGUCGAGAUGCACAUCCAGGUCGAGGAGCGUGUGUUUUCUUCCAUUGCAGAUUCAAGUGGAUGUCUUGGUAGUGCGCUUGUGGCAGGUGAUUCCAACGUACAUCGUAUCCAAGCAGCGAUUCCAAAUUGGUCCACUAUUCGAUGCCUCCCAGUAUCAGGAGCCAAGUUUGUGAAUGACAAGAAGGGAUUUGUGGCAGUUCUGCAGCUUUCAUUGAAGAAGGAGUUUUACCCAUGUGUCUAUAUUCAUCUUGGCUCCAAUGAUGUUCAAGCCAGAGAGGAUGUGUUUUAUAGGAGAGUCACUGAGGUAUGUGAUAGUAUCCACGAGACGAGUCCGGAAACUGAGAUUGUUUUAUGUUCUAUUCUGCCACGAAAAAAGAAUGACAGACGAGUAUCUUCAACAUUAGCGAGAGUCUUCAACAGAUGGAUCCAGAAUGCUAACACCAUGCUAAUGGACAUUUCAGAGGCCAUCCCAUACAUCAGAUUCCUUGGAUAUGGAGCUCAGGAAUGUGCUGAUGUGUUGGGUCGUGAUGGACUUCAUCUGAGUCGUGUUGGUGGUAGACAUUGUAGUCAGGUGAUUGAGGAGGAUGUGUAUUCCUGGAGUGAAAUAGCCUAUCAGCAGGAUGUACAUUGGAAUGAAGACAUACGCCAACCACAUUCAGCAGAGAUUGAUGCAUCAAGCUUUGACCAGUGCCUGGCAGCUGCUGUUGAACCAGUCAGUGACCAGAAUGUCCAGGCCAGCAAGCAGCCUCUGUACUCGGAAAUAGUCCGUUUGCCAGCAGCUGAAGUUCCAGAUGUUACCUCAGUGCAGCAUAAUGUGAAGUUACCAAGGCGCAAUGUAUUGAAGGUUGAUGAAUGUGCUAGAUCAGCCAGACCAUGUAACCACAGAUCAAACAAACAUCGAAGGGCAAGGCGAAGAAAAUUUACGCAACACAGACAGCUGAAAGUUCAAAGAUCUGAGCAGUAUAAAGAUCACGUUGAAAUUCUGUUGACAUCUGAUGUAACGGUAAAGGUGAAGGCAGACAAUGUACAUAGCAUCUGGAUGUGCCCGAAAGAAGACGCCAUUACCACAAAGAAGCGCCUACCUGUCUGCUCUACAAUGACUGGAGUUAAGAAGAUAAACAAGCAGACAUGGUUUGACUGCCCCCUUUGCCCAGUGAAGUGUUCUAGAGAAGAUUUCCUACUGGACCAUUUCUGUCGACGCCAUGUACCUGGAGGGACCAAAUACAAGAAGAACACUGACAAUUCUUUCUGUCAUCGUCAGUUUUAA